AUGACGGACUACGACGUGGUUAUUGUGGGCGCUGGAAUCUCCGGUAUCAACGCCGCCUACCGUCUGCAAACUCAGCUUCCUCACCUUAGCUACGCCAUCCUCGAGGCCCGCGACAAUCUGGGUGGAACAUGGGAUCUUUUUAAAUACCCCGGCAUCCGCUCCGACUCGGAUCUGUUCACAUUUGGCUUCUCCUGGCACCCCUGGGACCAGGACAACGCGAUCGCGGAGGGGCCUGCGAUCGUCAAUUACCUGAAGCGCACGACUGAGAAGUUUGGCAUCGAUGGCCACAUCCAGUAUGGACAGCGUCUACGCGGUGCCGACUGGUCUUCAAGCGACAACACCUGGUCGCUGACCGUCGAGAACACGGCCGACGAGCAGAUGAAGACCCUCUCCUCCCGCUUCGUCAUUUUCGGUACCGGUUACUACGAUUACCAGACCCCCCUCCAGACGGAAAUCCCAGGUCUCGACACUUUCGGCGGUCAGGUCGUCCACCCCCAGUUCUGGCCGGAAGACUUGGACUACUCGGAUAAGCGCAUUGUCAUUAUUGGCAGCGGUGCCACAGCCAUCACGCUGCUUCCGAAUCUGGUCGAGAAGGCAGAGCAUGUCACUAUGCUCCAGCGCAGUCCAACAUAUAUCCUCGCUUUACCGAACAACCGCCCUAUCACCGCGCGGAUCUUCCCUGCUUUCAUUGCCCGCCGCCUCCUCCGCAUUAGCUGGAUGAUCACGUCUCGCAUCUUCUUCCUUUUCUGCCAGGCCUUCCCGUGGCUUGCGCGCUCCAUUCUCCGCCUCCGAACCAAGAUGCUUCUGCCAAAGGAUGUCCCAUGGGACCCUCAUUUCCGCCCAAGCUACAACCCCUGGGACCAGCGACUUUGUGUCUCGCCCGACGGCGAUUUCUACAAAAGUCUGCAUUCAGGCAAGGCCGCCGUAAAGACCGACCACAUCUCCUCAGUCACACCAAAGGGUAUCCAACUCAAGUCCGGCGAGUUCCUGGGCGCAGAUAUGAUUGUCCCCGCGACCGGUCUUCGCUUGAGGAUCGCAGGUGGCGCAUCCAUCAGCGUUGACGGUGCUCCUAUCAACCUCCACGACAAGUAUAUCUGGCACGGCAUGAUGAUUCAGGACAUGCCGAACGCAGUGUUCAUCAUCGGAUACACUAACGCCUCCUGGACUCUCGGUGCUGACGCCACAGCCCUUACCAUUUGCCGACUUCUCAAGGACCUCGAGAAGCGUGGCUCCAGUGCCGCCGUGCCGCGUCUUUCGUCCUCGCUAGCAACAUCUAUCCAGCCGCGGCGGCUCCUCAAUCUUUCCUCUACGUAUGUCACCAAGGCAGAGAAGGAACUCCCGCGAGCAGCGGACCGGGGCCCUUGGCUACCGCGUGACAACUACUUUAGCGAUCUGUGGUUUGCGAAAUACGGCAAUUUAGAUGAACAGAUAGAGUAUUUGGGAGAGAAGAAGACACAAUGA